AGGUGACUGACCUAUUUUUUUGUUUUCUCUCUAUUUCUGGUCUCCUUCCAAUCUCCUCUCUUCUCCCUCAAAAUAUGAUGCUUCACAUUUUCAAGUGAAGGAAUCUGAGCCCUCUCCAUUUUCAAUGGCUUUCCCUCCUUACCGAAGAUCCCAUUUGCGUAGCAACACUUACCAUGCUCUUGUUCACCUACUCUCUCACUUUGCUGAGUACAACUCUUCACAUGAAACUCCAACCCAAUCCUUCAACAUUCCCGAUGAUGGCAUUGGUAGAAUGGAUAGAGUAAACCAAGAAAAGAGGCCCAAGUGCUCUGAAGUUGUUGAUUCUGAUUUUUUGAGUCCUAAGGAUCCUAUUAGCCAGAAAGAUAUAGUGGAGGUUCAGGAGAUCAUUGAGGGGGUUGGAGAGAAGGAUACGGAUUUUACUUCCAACAAGAUUGUCCUAGAUGAUAUAGAACAUAUGAUGGAAAUAGAGGACAUGCCUACCCAAGUAAAUGGUUUUGAUAAGGAGCAUGAGCUAAUGAAUGAGUUUGAACUGGCUAUGAAAGGAACUGAAGAUCUUAUGUGUGAUAGUGAUUUAAUUCCCACGAUCACUGAAUUUGAUGAGAAACAUAAUGAUGGCCGUGAAGUUGGGUUGGUGGACUCUCAAGUAGACAUGGAAGAGGGAGAAAUUUCUGGAGACUUGGGAAAGGAUGGCAAUUCAUGUGAUGUUCGGUCUGCAGAUGCUUUAAUUUUACCGCAGAAGCAGGUAGAUGACCUUCAGGAUCCUGUAAAUGUAACUAGAAAUAUGAUGUAUCCGUCUACGAUUGUGAACCAAGAAAAGGAGAAAGAUUGUGAGCCUACUUCCUCUGUGGUAAAUUCUCUUCAAGAUGGCAAUGAAAAUGGACAAGUGAAGCCUAUACCUGGUGAGAACAAAAGAAUUCCAUGCAGAGUUGAAGUAGAAAUUUCUGAAAAAACUUUUGAAUGUAAGAAGGAAGAUACAAUGAAGUUGAUGAAUGUCAGUAAAAGGAACAAGCGUGGUGGAAAGAAAGACAAAAAAAAGAAGGCGUAUAGAAUGAAGAGAGCAGAAAAGAACAGAGAGCUAGGUGUUAAAAGUUUGCAGUUUCAGAAGUUUGUACAGAAACCAAAAGCUGUCUCACAUUGUCGGCAUUAUAUUAUGGGAAGGUGCUAUGAGGGUGACAAGUGUCAGUUUUCACAUGAUGUGGUGCCUCGAACAAAAUCCAAGCCAUGUGGUCACUUUGCUCAUAACUCUUGCAUGAAAGGGAAUGAUUGCCCAUUUGAUCACGAGCUCUCAAAGUAUCCUUGUAACAAUAUUCUAUCCCAAGGCUUUUGUAGAAGAGGUGAAUCUUGCUUGUUUUCACACCAGGUAUCCAAAGAAGAUAUCUCUACCCCUUCAAAUAUGCGCAGACCAGUGUUGUCUACUCUUCAGUCAGGAAAUGCAAAUUCCAGUACACCAGUUAGCAAUAAUCAUGGCUCUGGUUCUAUGCAGCAAAAUCUCUUAACUCAUUCUUCUGGAAUUCAUUCUCGGGUCAACGUUCAACAUAAGGCAACAGACACUGCACAAAAACAGCCUACACCACCUAAAGGAAUCAGUUUCAUCAAUCUUGCAAAAUUCACACCCAGCCCUUCUGCACUUAAACAAGGCACAGUAACAAUCAAGGAAAGUCCUUUACAAACAGGGACGCAUGAAGAACAACGUGCACUUAACAAAAGUCAAAACAAGGUGGAGAUUGCAAAGAAACUGCCAUCUGUGACACCUAAAGGAGUAAACUUUCUUUCUUUUGGCAAAGGCUCUGUCUCUGGCUCUAAAACUCAUAUUCAUCCUAAUGUGAGUACAGAAAAUGGUUUCAAUUUGCCUCGGUUACUCAAUUUUGGUUUGCCUGAACAGAUAAAGAAGGAUGUCCACGACAAACCUAGUGACAGGACAAAACAAAGUGUAUCACUGUCUGACAUAUUCUUAAAUGAGAUUUUAGGAAAAAAUCAAUCUGUGUCAGAGGGAGUAAAAGCCAAGUUUCCAGAUAAAACCUCUGCUACACCAAGUCCUUUUGAUUCAAUCCAGUCUUCUGAACACCUAAAAUCUGAUUAUCACAAGCAUGCAUCAAACUCAAGUCAAAAGGCACUCUUGUCAACUUUAGCAUUUGCAGCAGAGCAUGAAUCUGACAUUAAGAUGAAAUGCCCUUCCGUUGAUUCAUCAGCAUGAUCAGAGGACUCUUCAAAAAAGUUCUGGUGAAGUUUCAAACCAUGCAGCCCUUGGUGAUUGGAAUCAAGGCUAUGAUAGAAGGUGCAAAGUUGUAAAGCUGAGUUGAAUCACUCAUUAUUGGUGCUACCUGCUGGAACCUUACUGGACCUGAGAAGCAAUUUGGUGCUGGCUGUUUUGGAAGUUAUAAAAGCUGGAUCAAUUAUCAGAGUAACCUGCACCUGCCAGUGGAUUAAAGUUUGGACUGAAGCUGCCAAUCUAGUAGCUCAACUGAACUUGGAGCAGGCUGGAUAUGUGAUUUAAAACUUGCUGAACCAGUAAAUGCAGCCUGUUGCUGCCAGUUACUAUUGCACAAGGAUUUCAAGAGCGGGAAGAGUCACUUAACUGUUUUACUUGUCAGACUAGGUUUGUUGUAGUUAGUUUAGUUAGUUAAUAGACAAUAUAACCUGGAAUAACCAGUUCUGUCCCUUCUGUUUCCAGUUUCACAGUUCUGUUCAUAGCCUAUAAAUAGAGUAGUUCAACUUUAUAGAAACUUGUUUACAAUAUUGACUUUCUUAGUAGUAGGUUAGUUUAGGAGUCAGAUGCACUUUUCUGUUUCUUUCUCUGGACAACUUUGUUCUACGUUCAAGUUUUUCAAGUUUCAAGAUGUGCAAAUGCUUCAAUACA